AUGAAAAUUUUACCUUCUUAACACAGUUCUAAAAGCUUUGUUGCUUACCAUUUAUUAUCUAUUGCCACUGGAAUCUAUUUUAUUUUACCUUUACUAUUUUCAUAAGUCUAAUUCAUUUUUUGUACCAUCACUAUUGCAAUCCUUGGACUAUGCUAAUCCUUUAUAUUUUACAAAUUUUAGAAAUUACAAAUUUACAUCUAUACAUCUCUUUUAUCACUUUCACUUUCACUAACUAAUACAUAUACUAAAGCUUUCAUUCUUGGAUCAUCUUUAGGAUUGAUCAUUAAUUUUCAAAAUCAAUUUACACAAAUAUUGUAAUUUCAAUUUUUAUAAGAAUGUUAAUACUUUGGAUUCCUUCUUUAUUAUUUACUUAUCACCAAUAUUUCAAUUUAAUCUAUUUCCAUAUUUACAUUUAUAUGUGCUUCAAUUAUUAGAUUAUUUUUAUAUGAUCAUAAUUAAGAUAUAUCAACAACUAAACCAUAUCCAUUAAAAAUUAAGUCUAAAUCAUAAUAUUUAUUUAUUUUAGGACAAUUUGUAAUUGAUUUAAUAUUUUUUGGAACAUUAUUUUUAAUAUAUUAAUUUUAAAAUCAAUCCAUUAUAGUAGCUUUGUUUUUAUUGCUAUUAAACAAUAUUUUAGUAAAUUUAAUACAAAAUUAUGAGAAGCAAUUUACUUUUGCAUUUCUUAUUUUACAAGUAAUAUUUAUAUUUCCUAUUUAGAUUGUAGCCAUUUUUUAAUUGAUCAUAAUUGAUAUCGUAAUGAUCAUUCCUUUUGACUUUAUUAUCAUACUAUUGUUUAUUUGUAGACCAAUUAAUGAUAAUUACUUAAAAAAUAGUCUUGGUUUAGAAUAAUAUUAAUUAGAAAAUUCAAAAUCUUUAAUUAUUAGUACUAUAUCAACAGUAUUUGCAGCCCUACUGAUUUUUUGA